GCCCAGCCAGGACCCUCAAAGCCACCAACUGAUCCCCCCACAGCCCAGCCGUCGCCGGAGGAACAAGGAAAAGAAGCAAAGAAGGACAGCGCCCCCAGCAGCAGCAAUGGGGAAAGCAGCAGCAAAAAGAAGAGGAGUCGUAGCAGGAGCCGUGACCACAGACACAGCCGUAGCCGGGACCGAGACCGUCAUCGUAGACGAAGCCGGAGCCGGGAUCGCCGCAGCCGUCAUCGGAGCAGAAGCCGCCAUCGGAGCCGCAGUCGAGAUCGUAAUAGGCGAGCCAGCCGAUCUCGGAGCCGAGAGCGCCGGCGGGAGGAAAGAGUCCGUUACCGCACCCCACCACCCCCAGGGCGACGGUUUGGUCACAGCAAAAGUCCCCUGUUCAGAGAGAAGAGUCCCCUCCGGGAGCCCCUGGGCAGCUUGAGCCCCGAAGAACGUGACGCCCGCACGGUCUUCUGCAUGCAGCUAGCUGCCCGUAUCCGCCCUCGAGACCUUGAGGAUUUCUUCUCGGCUGUUGGCAAGGUCAUCUUCCCUUCCCUUCUUCUCUGGCUUUGGCAAAUUUUUACUUUGCCCCAAGCGAGGGUGGGCUUCUGGCCCGUUCUGUUGCUUGGUUCCCACCAACUUAGCUAUUCCAUCUUAGACACAAAAGCUGUUGGGCCUAAUCAGCAGGAGACAUUCGCAGAAGCCGAAUGUGCCCGCCGUGCCCUGGAGCAGCUGAACGGUUUCGAGCUCGCCGGCCGGCCCAUGCGGGUGGGACAGGUCACCGAACGGCUGGACGGCACCACCGACAUCACUUUUCCCGACGGGGCGGAUGAACCCGACCGGUCAGCUCUGAGCUUGGGGACCACCGGCUCCCAGCUGCAGCUGAUGGCGAAGCUGGCCGAAGGUGAGAAAUUUGGAAGUGGGGAGUGGAUUCUGUUAUACGCGGAGAAGAACAGGCUGGCUGCCAUGGCGAACAACCUUCAGAAAGGCAGCGGGGGCCCCAUGAGGCUCUAUGUCGGUUCCCUUCACUGCAACAUCACCAAAGAGAUGUUGCGCGGGAUCUUCGAGCCGUUUGGCAAGAUUGACAGCAUCGUCCUCAUGCGGGACCAGGAUACCGGACAGUCCAAAGGCUACGGCUUCAUUACCGUAAGUUGGGUGGAUUUUCUCCGCGGCGGGGCAGAGCGUAGCCUUAUUUAUUUAUUAUUUACUUAUUGUGUUUCCCCGAAAAUAAGACCUCGAUUUGCGUCAUCCUUGUUCUUUCCAUCCCCAAAUCCCAAAUAUCUUGUGUUUGGUCCCAACACAGCAGGUUCUGGGAUCCCACUGACCACCACGGCGGCAGCCCAGGCUGCCCUGCAGCUUAACGGAGCGAUACCUUUGGGAGCACUGAAUCCAGCUGCCCUGACAGCUCUUAGCCCAGCAUUGAAUCUGGCUUCACAGACACUGGCCUCCCAGUGCUUCCAGCUUUCAGGCCUCUUCAGUCCCCAAACAAUGUAAGGCCACCCAGUCCACUCCCCCUUCCCACCCUCCCUCUCCCACGGAGCUCGGAGGGGGAAAAUGAUCAUCUCUACACCAUUACCGCUUCACCUGGCACCCCCUCUCCCCCCCCCCCAAAUUGGAUCCAAGCCUGGGGGUGUGUGGAUGAACUUUGAAGGAACUCUCCCUCUUUGGGGACACGCGGGAUGGGGUGGGGAGGAAACAACCCUUCUUAACAUGAACUCUGAUUUUAUUCCGAAUGUCCCUCCCUGGGCAAAGGGGGAAGAGCUUGUAUGUUGACCCCCCCUUCUUUCUCCCCUCCCCCCUGCCCCUCCUCAAAUCACAAUUGGAGGAGAGGUCCAUUCACAGAGACUGGAGAGACCUCCCCCCCCCCCCAAAAGAGGUGGAAUUGCAACAUCUUUUCCUUUCGGGGGAUUUCGCGGGGAGGCCAGGAAGACCCUUGGCCCUUUCCUCUCUCUCUCUCUCUCUUUCUCUCUCUCUCUCUUUCUCCCACCCCUCUGCUCUCGGGUGGGGCUGUGAGCCUUUACUCGGAUGGCCUUGGGCGUUCCUCGAGGUCAUGACGGAUCUUUGCUCACGCGCGCGUUGUAAAAAAAAAAAAGUGAAU